GCCGCAAUGAACUCGUUGAAAGAGGCCUUGGCCCGCGUGUCGCGCGUGGUCAACCCCCCCGGGCCGCGGCGCCGCCCGCCGCCGGUGGUUGUCCCGGCGCCGCCGGCGGCCCCCCGGCACCUCCAGCUCGGCGAACGGCCCACGGUUCCGCGGCCGCAGCUCGCCGCGGCGCGGCCGCACGUCCAGCGCUUCUUGCGCAGGCGGUUCCAGCGCUUCCUCGAGCCGCUCCAGAUGCCGCAGCUCCGGAUCCACGAGGACAGGCGGGCGCCCUACGACGCGGCGCGUGCGGAGCGGCGGCUCGCGCACAAGAGCAGCGCGGACCGGCUCCAGAUGCUCACGUACUUCCUCGGCGAGCGGCCGGCGUUCGAGCGCAUGAUGCGGUUGUUGGAGGCGCACACGCCGCGCGAGCUCAUGGACGGCGCCACCGUGGAGAGCCCGGCCGCGUUGGCCCGGGUGUUGGAGCGCGAGGACCGGGAGUUUCAUGCGGCCCGCUACGCGCACGUGCCGCGCUUCCACUUCCGGGAGGUGCCGCCCAUGCCGCGGCCGUUGACGCGGGCGGGCUUCCAGGAGUACGUGUACACGUUGACGCACAGCCGCAUGCUCUACCGCAACGCGCUGUCGUUGAAGAGCGGGCUCGUGCCGGAGAUCCUCCUCUACACGCACCGCGUGGAUAACGAGGCGUUCCGCCCGUUCCGGUCCACGGAGACGUACAACUACCUCAUCAAGUACUUCGGCUUCGACAAGUUCCAGAGCUCGUUCGCGCGCGAGCUCGUGCUCGUGAUGGUGCACGACGGCCAUGCGCCCAACACCAACACGCUCAACCAGCUCUUGAGGAUCUGCCGUGUGCACAGCCGCCGCCGCUCGCUCGUCAGCACCUACAAGCUCGUGGCCAACUACCUCGGCUUGGCCCGCAAGCUCGGCCUCCGCAUCAACCUCGCCACCUGGAACCGCGUCUACGACUGCAUCGACAACAUCCUCUUGAAGGAGGCCUUUCUCAACAGGAUGCUGGCCGUGUGUCUCCCGGUGCUGGACAACAUGUGCGUGCGCGUGCUCGCGGACUUCUGCACCACCACGUCGCACACGCAAGAGGUGGUGCGCUUCUUGGAGAACGACCUCCGCCGCCCGGCCUGGCGCGACGCCCCGCGCCUCGCGGAGAAGGUGCUCUUCCACCAGGUCCAGCACACGGCGGCCAACGCAGACCUCGCGCGGGUCUUCGAGGACUUCGGCCGCCACGUGGCCGUCGACGCGUUGACGCUCAAGACCUUGGCCAACGCCAUCAACGCCAACGCCAACUUGCUGCACCGGGGCUACCUCGUGCUCUGCAUGUACGUGCGCCUCGCGCCGCUCGUGCCGCUCGUCCCGCCCGAGGUCUACAGCCGCGCGGCUCAGCUACUCUGUGAGAACGCCGAGGGCUACGAUAUCCCGGCCGUCAACUUCUUUGUCCGUGCCAUCGUCCACCACGACGCCACGAGGAUGCUCGGCUUGCCGCCCACGGAGCCCAAGAUGGACUUCAAAACCGAGGAGACCAGAGACUCCAAGAAACAGGCUCGCGGACCAAGGCUCAAGAGCCCCGACGCCGUCUUCCCCGAGAACUACAAGAUCUUCAAGAGAUUGUCCCGCAAGGGCCUCAACGUCCUCGAGGCAAAGGUUAUCUACGAACUCCAGGAGCGGCCAAACCCCGGCUCGAGAUACCCGUGGGACCUUCUCACCGAAAGCGAGGAGAAGGCGUGGGUGGCCAUCACCGAGCAAAUCAGAGCCCAGUCCCGCUUCUGGGAAAACACCGCCGCCAAGGCCGCAAGCGUAGGGCUCGUCGUGUCCGAUCACCCGCAAGCCCCGCCCGCAUGGAUCACCGCCUACGAAAAGAAACAGUACAGGCAAAUGAGCCUCAGUCACGAGAUCAACACCUUACAAAAGCUCGCCAUGGGCUUGGACAAGCACACCGAGCAUGAGAUGAAGAAACGAAACAUAUACGCUGCUUCCCCGGAACAGACGUCUGUCUAA